AUGAACAAACGUAUGCAGGAAUCACUCAGUAUAAGCAAACAAAAAGUUAUGGUAAGUGAUCUAAAAAAAAUGAAGAAAUCACUUCCAAAAGUUCGUUUUCAACUACCGAAAUAUAAGCAAAUAGCUGAUUACAAUGUGAAAAAAAUUGAUCCAGAAUCCUGUGUUGUUCCUGGACUUAAAACUAUAUGUGACGUCGAUCAUACAUUCUAUAAGAUUAUAGAAGGACGGCCGAUCAGGCAGUUUAUUGACGUUAAAGUUUACAUGAGGAACUUAAGAGAUAUAACACUAUAUAGAGCAAAUACUGCUUAUAUAAAUGAUCAGAUUAUACAAAUCGACACAAAUAUUGCAGAUGAAUCAAAACUUUAUGAUGAAAUAAUAGCAUUGUAUAAUGAAACCACAACUAAUUUCUUUAACUUCGUAAGAGAAACUUACGAUAAUGCAAAAAAGGUGCAAGAUUGUGCCGAAAUUAAGUCAGCUGAGCUUAAUGAUAUGAUGAAGCAGUUGGAUGGACUAAGUUUUGUACAUGUUCAUUUAAAUAAUAGAAUAUUAAGUUUGGCUUCAUCAUUUGGAACAUUGUUCAGAUAUAGUAAAUUCAUACAUGAAAUAUCUCCUAUUUGGUGGCAAAAUCGAAAUGAUGUAAGCAAUUCAGUUGACUUUUUCAAAGUGAUUGAAGAGGUGGAGUCGAAUACAGUAGAAUCUAUUAGGAUCUAUCGAGAUUUUUUUAAAACAAAUAAAAAACCUAAACUAUGUUUUAAGAAACCACAAACACUUAUGCGUAUAUUCGAUAACAUUAGCAGGCAAUGUCUGAAUUAUAUGCAAAUCGAAAACUAUUCUGCGAGAAUUCUAAAGCCUGUGCUUAGAGCUCGUGACCAAUUAGAAUCUGUGAUAUUAUCAGAAGCGAAUGAAGUGACUGGACUAAUUGAAUACUAUGAAACACAAGUAAAAUGGAUGGAAGAGAAAGAAGCUGAAUACACUGCUAAGUUUAAUAAACUACUAUUUACUAAAUUUCAUGAGUUGUAUGCUUCUUAUGACGCCACGAAAUUGUUUACGUGCAUACAAUACAUACAUUGCCACCUUUUCGAUGUUCCUGUUGACCCCAAGGAUAAUAUUACUACAAUGAUGCUUAAUAUAGAAAAACUUUUCAUAAAACUUACUUCUCGUCUCGAUCAAAUGAACCAAAAUGUGAUUAAGAAAGUGGAACAUGAAAUAUUCUCAUCAGACAUCAGAAUGAUGAAAAGAGCAGUUAAGGCUCAAAGAAGUCUUAAAGAAUUUGAUAUUCUAAAGAAAUCUUUGAUAGCAAGCUUCGAGCCUCCUAGAAAUAAACAUAAGAAGAAUUAA